AUGGAGAAUGACCAGUCUUCCACCUCACCUGGGCAGGACAUCCAGGGGCAGAGUGGGGACAAACCUGCCUCUGGCCUGCCAUCCCCUGCUCCAGUCCCCAUGGAGCAGCCAAGCAGCUGGCCCAAAGAAGCCGUGUGUGACAUCUCAGAGGAGCUGAGCCGGCAGCUGGAGGACAUCAUUAAAACCUACGGGUCUGCCACGAGCCUGAUGGAGAAGGAAAGCACUGCUACAGGAGCAGACAGGCCUGAGAAGGGAGAGCCAGGCAGCUUGGAGGAUGCAGAGUAUGAAGAUGGAAAUGAAGAGAGUGAGAAAGAGAAGCUGGUUCCUGGGGAUGCUUCCAAAGCAAAAGAGCCCAGCAGCAACAAGGAGCAGAAGCUGGAGAAGAAAAUCCUGAAGGGACUAGGAAAAGAAGCCACCCUACUGAUGCAAACUUUGAAUAAGCUGAAUACUCCAGAAGAGAAGCUGGACCUGUUGUUUAAGAAGUAUGCUGAGCUGCUUGAAGAGCAUCGUGCUGAGCAGAAAAAGCUGAAGUACCUACAGAAGAGACAGGCCCAGAUCACCAAGGAGAAGGACCAGCUGCAGAGUGAGCACAGCCGAGCCAUCCUCGCCCGCAGCAAGCUCGAGAGCCUGUGCCGGGAGCUCCAGAGGCACAACAAGAACCUCAAGGAGGAAACAAUCCAGCGGGCACGGGAGGAAGAUGAGAAGAGGAAAGAAAUAACUAAUCACUUCCAGGGCACACUGAGUGAAAUCCAGGCUCAGAUCGAGCAGCAGAGUGAGAGGAACAUGAAGCUCUGCCAGGAGAACACGGAGCUGGCAGAGAAGCUGAAGAGCAUCAUUGACCAGUAUGAGCUGCGGGAAGAGCACCUUGACAAAAUAUUUAAGCACAGAGAACUUCAACAGAAACUGGUGGAUGCCAAGUUGGAACAGUCUCAGGAAAUGAUGAAGGAAGCCGAGGAGCGACACCAGAAAGAGAAGGAAUAUCUCCUGAACCAAGCUGCAGAAUGGAAGCUCCAGGCCAAAAUGUUAAAGGAGCAAGAGACUGUCCUGCAGGCACAGAUCACUCUCUACUCUGAAAGAUUUGAAGAAUUUCAGAAAACAUUGGCCAAAAGCAAUGAAGUGUUUGCCACAUUCAAACAGGAGAUGGAAAAAAUGACAAAGAAAAUGAAGAAGUUAGAAAAGGAUACUGCUACAUGGAAAUCCAGGUUUGAGAACUGUAACAGAGCAUUACUGGACAUGAUUGAAGAGAAAGCCAUGAGGUCCAAGGAAUACGAGUGCUUCGUGCUGAAAAUCCAGAGACUAGAGAACCUCUGCCGUGCUCUGCAGGAAGAGAGGAAUGAAUUGUACAAAAAAAUAAAGCAAGCACAGUUCCCAGAAGAGGUGAAUGGAAAUGGCAUCUUAGAAGAAGAAGAAGAAGAAGAUGAUGAAGAAGAUGAUACUAAAACAACCCCUUCCCCCUCUGAGCAGGCCAGCAUUGAGCUGCAUGAGAGUGACAAGAGGAUGCUGAAGCAGCUGGCUGAAGCUUUCAGGGUGUCCCACAAGGCAGAGGAGUCCCUCCCAAGCAACAGCAGCAAUCCAGAGCCCUGUGACACUGAAACAUGUAAUGCCAUCCUGGUGCCAGAGCCUCCUGCUCCUCUCACUCCACAUUCAGAGGCUGGGAAAAACUGUGAGCAGCCCAGCACGAGCACACCAACACCCACUGAACACACAGCAGUACCCACUGAAAGUAUGACAGAGCCCACUGAGAAUGGGUCAAAGCCCCCCAAAAGCAUGCCCUCACUUCCAGACAGGGUGCCAACACCCACAGAAAGUGUGCCAGUGCCUCCUGAGAGUGUGCUUGUCCCCGCUGGGAACAUGCCAAUACCCACUGAAAGCAUGCCAGCAACCCCUGAAAACGUGCCAACCCCCACACAAAACACACCCAUCUCCCUUGGGAAUAUGCCAGUGCCCAUUCAGGGUCCACCAAAAGCUGCAGAAUGUGUGGAUGAGCAGGCAGAUAGAUCUGUCCAGGGUCAGUCUGCGGAGCAAACAGGGGACCCAGACAUGGAAGCAGUGGAUUGAAGACACCAUAUGUCCAGGCUUGUCUUCUGCAAACCAGAGCUCUGCUUUGUCCUCUAAAUGGAUACUUUUUUUUUUUUUCAAGAAACAAAAAUUGGUUCCUAAAAUGCACUUAUGUAUUUGUAUGCAAAUGUAAUGCACUUCUCUUUGCUACCACUAUCCAGUAAUAAUGGGUCUGCAAAUUUUGCUGUCCUUCAUCUGCUUGAAGUAUAAUAUUUUCUUAAUGACAUGGAAAUACAAUGAAAUCACAGGAUCUCUUUUUCCCAGGCAUGAUGAGUCAUCUCAUUCAGGAAAGUAAUUUUAGUGUUGCAUUUCCAUGUUUCAAAAACCAGUGCAAUUCUCAUGCAUAUAUUUAAAGACUCAUCAUUAAUCCUAUCUAUUUAUUUUGAGAUUGCAGAAAAGGUGGCCUACUUGGACACACUAUGAUUUUAAUAAAUGAGGUGAAAGGAAUCUGUAAUUACAAAGUAAAAUAGCGAAACCAUAAAUGUGGUCAGCCAUAUCCAAGGAGCAGUACAACAGAGGUGAAUUUUUGGGCAAGGAAAUGACCAUUCAUCUCAGUAACCUAAACACCCACAAGCUUUCAGCCUUACCUUCCAUUGGUCUUUUCUGCUCAGUGUUCUAUAAUAGGUUUUGUUUUCAACAGAACUACAGGAAAAGGGAAAAUAUCAUUUCUAGAUUCACAUACAAUAACUGAAAACAGCAAUUUCCAAAUUGAUGGCAAUUCCCAAGGUAGGGGUCACAAUUCUCUUUCUACAUCCAACAGAAAACUGCUACAUUGUCAUACUAUUUGGAAUGACAAGGCCCACAGUGGGGAUCAUGCGUGUUUCCAGCACACAAACAAGGUUAGAAGUUCAGAAGUUGGUUGCAGAUCCCAAUUUCUAGGCAAGGAGCAGAAAGCAGAGUGGAAGGUACCAGGAUGUAUUCCAGAAGGAUACUGAAGAAUAAUUCUGAGAUCAUGCUUCUGGACGGAGCUGUCCCUCCCAGUUACAGCCACAUGAACCACAGCUUCCUCCUGGCACUGCUGCAUGGGCUAAUGCUCCCAGGAGAAGGAUGAGGACUUACCUGUCACCCCAUUCUGGAAAUAGUGCACAAGUCAAUAAGCCAGAAGCAAAGAACCAGGAAAGCAGGAAUCUCUCUCACAGACACCUCCAGGGGCUGGCUACAUUCCCAUCCCCUUUCUUGUCUAACCAGCUCUACCCAUCUGCCUGCCAACAGCUAUUGCUUAAUAAUGCAGCCACCUUGUCAGAAACUGGUUUAUUCUGGUGCCAAGAACAGAGAUGAAGAAGGA